UAAAUAAAUUUGUGUCAUGUCCAAUUUUAUUUUCCUCUUCUUCAUCCUCCCUUGCACGUUUGUUAGGUGCUAUAUAAAAAAUUGUUAAGUACCAUACUGAGUAAAUCUACCUUAUCACUUUGUUUGUUGUAUAUGAAGUAGUGUAUAUAAGUUUUGGCAUUUCCAAGAAAAGUUGUACAUGAUUCAGUCUUGUUGCUGUCAUAUAUGGAAGAGUCAGCUGCAACCAGAGUUGAAGAGAGAAAAUGGGCAAUAACGAGGGAUGGGUUUUUGAAAGAGCUAAAGAAGGAAAGCUGUUUAGCAGCUCCAAUGGUGGCAGUUUCAGUUCUGCAGUAUCUCCUGCAAGUUGUAUCGGUGAUAAUAGUAGGCCACCUUGGUGAUCAGAUUGCUCUCUCUAGUGUCGCCAUUGCUACCUCUAUUUCUAACGUUACUGGAUUUAGUCUUCUUUCAGGAAUGGUGGGUGGGUUAGAAACUUUGUGCGGACAAGCUUAUGGAGCAGAACAAUAUCACAAGCUUGGAACCUAUACUUACACUGCUAUUAUCUGCCUGAUCAUAAUUUGUCCUCCAAUAUGUUUACUUUGGAUUUUCAUGAACAGAUUACUUCCUCUUAUAGGCCAAGACCCUUUAGUUUCCAAGUUAGCUUGUACAUACUCGAUGUAUCUAAUCCCUGGAUUAUUAGCGAGUGCUGUACUUAAACCUUUAACUCGUUUUCUUCAAACACAAAGUUUAAUUCUUCCAAUGCUUUUAAGCUCUCUUUUCAUUUUAAUUUUCCACACAGCUGUGUGUUGGAUUUUUGUGUAUAAGGUAGAAUUAGGAUAUAAGGGUGCAGCUUUAGCUUUUAGUUUAUCAGUUUGGUUAAACAUAGCAUUACUUGGAUUUUAUGUAAAAUUCUCUUCUGACUGUGAGAAAACUCGAUCGCCUUUUUCGAAAGAGGUAUUUUAUGGUGCCGGAGAAUUCUUUCGCCUUGGAGUUCCUUCUGCUGUAAUGGUUUGUCUCAAAUGGUGGUCAAUGGAAUUGCUAACUUUGCUUUCUGGGCUUUUACCAAAUCCAAAGUUGGAGACUUCUGUGCUUUCUAUCUGCCUUACAAUUUCAACGUUGCACUUCACUAUACCACAUGGAUUUGGAGCUGCAGCAAGUACAAGAGUUUCUAAUGAACUAGGAGCUGGAAAUCCACAGCUAGCAAGAUUAGCUGUUUUGGCUGCGAUUAGUGUUGCUGGAGCAGAGGCAAUUAUUAUAAGCACCCUCAUUUUCAGUUGCCGACAUAUCUUAGGAUAUGCUUACAGCAAUGACAAACAAGUUGUCAGUUACAUCUCAAUCAUGGCUCCUCUUAUUUCACUCUCUGUUAUUAUGGACAGUUUACAAGCAGUCCUUUCUGGUGUUGCCAGAGGGUGUGGGUGGCAGCAUAUAGGAGCUUACAUUAAUCUAGGUGCAUUUUACCUAGUUGGGCUUCCAGUUGGGGCUGUGCUUGGUUUUGUAGCCCAUUUAAGAGGAAAAGGGCUUUGGAUUGGAAUAGUAGCUGGAUCAAUUCUGCAAUCAACUCUUCUCUCUCUUAUCACUGCAUCCACGGAUUGGAAAAAACAGGUAAGCAUUGCAAGGGAGAGGAUAUCGAAGAAAUCUUCUACUGAGAAUGAUGAAACUUGAGUGAUAGUAAAUUUAUUAUAUUGUAUGUUUGGAAUAUUUAAUUUUUUUUAAAAUAAGAAAUUGAAUUAAUGAUAAUUCGAUAA